GCUCGCCGCAUCCACCGACACACACACAGACACACCCACACACCGCCGCAGACUCACACACCUGCACCGCCGACGCGCACACACACACCGGUGUCCGACGCACGCCGAACGCUGCAUGCAUGAAGUGGCAACUGUUACUGCCGUGUAGACGCGGUCAGCGACGGUCCACUCCUGCGAGGAACUGUCAUUGCCAGAUGACCCAGGAUGCCAGGCCGGAGAUCGACCGGUGUGCUGUCUGAGUCUGCGGCGCUGGUGCGCAGUACAGAAGGCAUGUCGUACACCGAGGAGGGCGGCUCGAUGCUCGCCACCGCGCCGCACGACGAGGCCGCGCUCGACGUCGAAGAGGAGCUCAUGGAUUACGUCGAUUCCGAUAUCUCUGUGCUUGCCCAGUUCCACGAAGAUGCCAUUCGCCAGGCUGGUUCUGGAUACUUCCAAUGGAUGCUGCUCUUUGUUGUUGGUCUUGGCAUGGCUGCUGAUACGGUGGAAUUGUUUGUUGUACCAUACAUCUUGCCCAGUGCUGAAGUGGAGAUGUGUCUUGGCAGCAGGGAGAAAAUCUGGUUAAGUUUCAUUACACUGAUCGGUAUGAUGGUAGGAGGUGUUGUCUGGGGUAAUUUAGCUGACCGAAUGGGACGUCGAAGAACUCUGCUUUCAGCACUAAGUGUUAACGCAGUAUUCAGUGUUAUUGCUGCAUUCAUGCCAACAUAUGGAACUUUUAUGACUGCACGCUUCUGUAGUGGUGUGGGGAUUGGUGGUGCCAUGCCCAUAGUUUUUGCUUACUACAGUGAAUUUUUACCAAAAUCUGAUCGAGGGAAGUGUCUCAGUUGGCUGUUAAUUUUCUGGGCACUUGGAGGAAUUUUUGUAGCUCUCAUUGCCUGGAUGAAGAUGCCAAGAACAGGUGUUGAUGUAGUCAUGGAAAAUAAGGAACAUUUCAGUGCUUGGCACCAGUUUUUGUUGAUUUGUGCCCUACCAUCUCUAGCUGCUAUAAUAGGCCUGAGUUUUGUCCCAGAAUCACCACGUUAUCUUUUGGAAGCUGGGAGAGAAGUUGAAGCUAUGAUGGUGUAUCAGCGUAUCUACAAAACAAACAAUAUGCACAACCCAGCAGCUCAUGCUCAGUAUCAGCUGUCAGAACUAGAACUCCCCAGCAAAAGGCCAUCAGGACGAGGCCUGUCAUCUCCUCCUUCACCUGGGAAAUCUGUGUUAGCUGAUAUGACAUACAGCAUUGAAACAUUUUGGAAUUCCUUCCUUCAGUUGUUUGUGUACCCUCAUCGUAGAUUGACAGCAGUGCUUGUCAUUUUGUGGUUUACUGUUUCAUUUGGGUAUUACGGCUUGACUGCCUGGUUUCCAGAAUACAUAAAGUUAAUGAAAAAUGAGGAAUAUUCAAAUAAAGCUCAAUAUACAACUGGUAAAAACUUUACAAAUUAUACUUUUAACAGCAGUAUUGAAAAUCAGGUGUUCCAUGACUGCAUUUUCAAUAAUGUUCAGUUUAGCCACUUGACUCUAAGUCAUGUGAUAUUUGAAAACUGCACAUUGGACAAUGUUGAAUUUACCAAUAUCAAAUCAAGCAGGACAUACUUCAAAAACUCCAUAGUCAAAUAUUCCAGGUUUGUCGACACCAAUCUUUCUGAUCAGCACUUCAAAAACUGUCUUCUCCAAAAUAAUACCAAACUUAGUUUGAUACCUGGUUGCCAAAAGGAUUUUGAUUACAACAUUUAUUUAAAGGAAGUGUUUCAAGAGAAUCUUGUUGGUCAACUAGCUAUUCUGCCAGGGGCAUUUAUCUCAGGAUUUAUUAUAGACAAGACAGGAAGAGUAAAAGUCAUAGGCAUAUCAAUGUUCCUAUCCAGCAUAGCUGCUUUUUUUAUUUGGUUCCUAGAUACAGAUGCAGCUGUCAUGAUAUUUGAAGCAAUAUUCAAUUUCAUGUUUAUAGCUGGAUGGAAUGUUAUUGAUGUAAUUACUAUUGAGUCCUAUCCCACACACUUAAGGACUACUGGAUUUGGAUUCAUGUGUGCAACAUCCCGUUUAAGUGGAGUUAUUGGUAUGAACACCUUUUUAAGUUCCAUCGGUUCAAGUAGAGCAAUUCCUAUGCUCAUUACAGCUGCUGUCCUCCUCAUUGGAGGAGUAGUAUCAAUCAAACUGCCAGAAACUGGCAGUUCAUUGCUGUAAAAGAUUUUAAGAAUGCAUAUUUGAAUUUUCACGUUUAGAGAUGCAACAACUACAUUAUGUAUAAUCUACUGGUCCAGUUAUGUCCAGGAACACUGAAAGUCAGAAAGAGAAGUGUUUUCUCUGACAGUUGUAAAAACUCAUUGUGCAUAUAUAUUUUAUAUGGCAGUUUAUUUUCAACAGCAGAAAGCAUACAUAUAAUUAUGUGUAUCUUGUUACAUAUGUACACUACAGGCAACUCUAAAAGUAUCCUAAAUAAAAUAAAUAUCCUAGUAUCAGACUAUUAUUUUGACAUACAUUUUGGAAAGAAGUUCAACACAACCAGCUGCAUUUAGUUUCGAAUGCUGCCUCAUCUGUCCAGAGCACUUGUUAGUUUCAAUGAUAUCAGUGGAUGAACAUAAAAAGUAAGUUGUUAACUAAUGGACCUGUGUGAACAUUAGUAAGAGCAAGAAUAACAAUGAAACAAGUGUCUGUGUAUAUAAAUUUGAAGGCCAUAUCUCCAAAGCUUUAGUAAGAAUAUUUUUUUAAUGACUAGACUGCUAUGAACUAAAUUUUUCACCACCUAUUUUGCUUAAGAUUGUUGAGUAGAUCAUGUAUUUAUCUUACUGAAAUAGGAUGAUCUUUAAAAUACAGACAUCAGCAGAUAUAAUCCAAUAAUAAUUGUGUUUAGAGUCUGGAAGACAAUAAAACAUUUCAUUUCCUCUAUGACACUAAUGUUUGGAAUUAAAUUUUCCAUCAAACGAUUGACAUAUCAACCAAUUACCAUGGAAUGUAUUUAUAGUUGAAUAACUGUGUACUGAACUAGAAAUAAAAAUAUGAUUAAAAUUGUUUUCUGGCUUUCAAGCCUGUCUAGUUCCACACUGGUACCUUGUUUUGACCUGGGGAAAAUAUUCAACUGACUUAAUUCAUCCCAUUUAUGAAAGCCAAUUUGGUGUAUAAUGUCACUUAACAAAAAACUGCCUUUCACACAAUGACAUUCUUGCAUCAGACAAUGCUUUUCUAAUGAAAUUUACAUUUCUCCUACAUCUGCCUUUGAUAUCUUAGAAACGGUGGCAUAUGUACUUUAUUUCCAUUAUGUAACUUGGUCUAUGUUGCUCCCACUUUCAGAACUUGAAUAAAAGUAAUUGUUCAUGUGCCCAUAUGCUGUUUUAUGAGAAAAGUGGUGCUAUAUUGAGAUAGAUUAAUACACUUCAUUUCAUUUUUUAUUAGAUUAUCGAUGUGGCUGUUGCUAAGAUGGUCAAAAUAACAUUAACAUAUCUCACAAGGCAACGACAGGGUAUGCAUCGUAUUAUUUUAUAAUAGUUUACACUUCAUACAUAAAUUUUAUUACUUACAAUUAAAUUCACAAUUAUCCCAAUAUUCAUAUUCUUGGGCAUUUUAACAUCUGUGAGUCAGGCACUUAAAUCUUAUGAUACUCUUUGGUAAAAGGGUCUGAGAAUCUCUACUGGUACAUUGUUGCACUCCUUCUCCUCUAUCGUCUUAUGAGAAUUUAGAGCUAGUGUUGUUCAAUGAUCUGAAAUGUCCAUAAUAAUGAUGGCCUUUCCUUGUAUAUCCUAUACUUGAUCAGUUUAUGUUCUGUGUCUUCCCACGCAUCCUUACUCACAAUAUACUUGGUGAAUACCCCUACAUCUGGCACUUUCCCCUCUUUGUGCAAAGCUUUUCCAGUUCAUUCUCCUCAUUUUUAUGACAUUACUUUUCCUCCUGUAGAUUUCAUCUACAUACCUGAUUGCCAUUGCACUCAUUUUGUGUGCUUUGACAGAUAGGCCCUAUAUUUGCAUAGAGUUCCAAAUUCCUGAAACAUAUUCAACUGGUGUCUUACAAGGGACAAAUAGGCUUUAUUCUUUGGCCCUUUUUUGCACCCUUCGGUAUCCUCACUAACACACACAGUGGCUAUACACCCUGUUUAUUAUCUCACCUAUCUGCAGUCCACUGCAGUUUCCCAGCACACAAAUUUACACCCAGAUAUCUGCAUUGCCCUGCAGUGCCAUCUUUAUGUCCCCAUAUGUACUCAAAUUUUUUGCUACUCCUGCUAUUUGUGAAUGUUACCAGUUGAUACUCCUCUGCCCGUGCGAGCACUCCAUUUCUUACAGUCAAGUUUCUGAUGGCUCUGACAUCCAUCUCCAGUAUCUCAAACCAUUCUCAGCUUUUUAUCUCUUGAUGCAUAUCUAUUUCAUUAAAAAACAGUCUUACUUCUGAUUGUAGUACAUCACUAGUACCAUUGACAUAAGUCAAAAACAACAAUGACAGUUAUUGCCUUUGUACAUAUAUCUUUAAGGUAGGUAUCAUCACUUUUAAGUUCCACACCCUCCCCCUCUGCUGUCUUUGAUAUAAAUAAUCUUUGAUCCAGGAACCUGUUCUUUCAUCAAAUCCCAGCCCUUGCAGUUUAGUUAUCAGCAUCACAUGGUUUACCAUAAACAAAACUUUGGAGAAAUCUGUGGCUAUAUAGUAAAGUUAUACUCUGAUGUCAGUUACUUCUGAUAUAUCCUGGUGGAAACCAUAUAGUUCUUCCUCACACAAAAACACCGCUCGAAGUCUGUGUUGAUUCUCACACUACCCUGUGUUCUAAAAAGAGUUUCUAAUAUAUCUAUCUACAAUUGCUUCAAAUAUUUUGCUUGUGUUGCAGGUAAAGAAAACUGGCCUGCAGUUUUUGCUAUUCUCCUCAUCCUCUUUCCCCGAUAAACACCAAUUACUUCAGCUUCUUUCCCUUCAUUUGAGACACAUUGUUGUUAAGCAGAAGACAUUCAGGAAUCUUAAGUGAAGCACAAAACUCCAGCUCAAGGCCUUAAUAAUUUCUCCAUUUAUUCUGCCCACUCUUGAUACCUUUUUUAUGCCCAUUCUCUUUUAGCAUUGCAUAUUUCCUUGCUGAUGUAUUUCAAUUCACCAACCAUAUCUCUCUCUCAUUCCUUUACUUCUCUCCGGGCUCUUCCCCUUUUAUACCCACUGUUUUGUUACACUGUUCGUAACCAGUUCUAAUUUACCUGCAUCAUUUGACAAUAUUUUAUUUCUGGUGUGUCAUUGGUGUUGUCCUUUGAGCUAGUUUCUAAUUACUUACACACCCAAAAAUGCUUCUUCACCUCUCUCCCCUCUACUACCAAUUGUUCCAAAAUAUGUAUUUUUUGCUUUCAUUCUUUUCUAUACUUUAUUUGACUUCUUCAGCAAGGCCUUUAGGCAAUUUUUACUAUGAUGGCCUUUCUUGACCUUAUUUCUCUGCAUUAUAUUUUUUCCUUCCUAUUAUUCUCACUGUUCUAGUAUAGCCCACUGAAUAUGAGUAUUUCUUGGUAUCUUGUAGUGGUACAUAGCUAACAUCUUUUCUUGUAUUUUUCUAGUGAUUCCACAUAGUUAGAUAUUCCUCUAUUUCCUUCAUGUUUGCUUUUUGACAAACAGCACCUGUUCCUGCUUUGGUCUUCUAAAAAUAUUUCUACAACUACUACUUACUGUCACAUCUUCCUUCAAAAUGUUUUCAAGUAUGUGUUAACAGGCUUUAUCUAAAACACUUCACUUAAAUUAUCACUCUUUUAUUUUCUGAUACAAACUAUCCCCCUUUCCCUCCUCCCUGAUUAGCCUCUAUGCUAUGAGAUGAUUUUGUUCCUGUGAGCCCACUUUUUCAUCCUACAUACUUCUAGAUUGUUGAAGACUCACCCAGGAUUCUAAUCCUGUCACAACAUCUGAAUAAUUUACCCCAACUAACAUACUGAAUAAUUCCUGCAGUUUACUAGAGAACACCUCAGGGGCUUUGUAGAUUCACAUUUUGGUUUAGUUCUGCAUCCUUUUUAUUGUUUAUUUUUUUAAUUUGAUUCAGAAAAUAAAGUCAGUAGUUCCUUAUCAUUCCAAUUGCCUUAUUUACACUGACUCAAGAAUCAAAUUCAUAAAAUAUGACAUAUGACUCUUGUUCCUUUCCUUUCUUUUUUUUAAAAGCCUGUCUAUAGGGCAAAACAUAUCAGCAGAACAUAUAUAUGAGAAGGACUAAAUGUGAAGAAAUGUGAAAGCAGUGAUGUGUAAGCAUAAGGUUCCGUUUUUGAAAUUUUGCACUUUAUCAAUAAAAAUACAUUGCAGUAAUAUUGUCAGCUCAAUCACUUUGAUAGCUUUUUUCUUAUCUGAAAACUGUACAGUAUUGACAAUGAAAUUAAAAUUGUAUGGUUUUGAAAUCAGUUUUUUGAUGUAUGUUGUGAUUAUAUACUGAAAUUAUUUAAUGAUAAUUAGUAAAUCAAAUGUCCAAGACUUUUAGUUUGUAAAGAAAAAGUAUUAGAGCUAAACAAAUACACAUAAAAAUGUUAUUCCACCACAAAUGAAAACUACAACAAUCUAAUUAGAUGCUAAAUCUAAAGCCUCUGAAAUCUAUGAGAAUAUUGUAAUAUUCUAAAUUUUUGAUGUUGGGAGUGGCACGAUAUAAAACAAAUGUACAUUUAAAAGUAAAAUAUUUUUAUAAACAUAUGUACAUUUUUGAGAAAUUGUCAAUGUGUGUACUAAUGAAGAAACGAUAUUACAAGUCAAUAAUUCCCACUAUCGUUGCAUUCUUUGUUACAGUACUCAAACACCCAUUCAGUUACUCCAGUGUUUUAUCUUUAUGUAUUUCGAUAGAAGCAUAUGAACAAGUUUUGACAAAAUUAGAUAAACAUAGAAUAAUUUUUCACUGUAAAUUAUGUCAUUUUGGCAACUAAUCUCAUCCACAAAAUUCUUGUCUUUUUUACUUGCAUUUUGGUACUGAAUUGUGUAUGAUACACUUAGAGCCUGAGGACUUACUCAGUGUAGGGAAAGGGGUAGGAAAUAAAAAAUAAAUCCUAACUUUUGCAUAACUGAUUUAUAAAAGUAACUACAAACAGUAAUUAGAUUUUCUUAAUCAAGAUAUGAAUAUGACUUCUUAUAGUUACAAGAUCCACAUGGUAUUGUUGAUGCCUUUUGACAGAAUAGAGAAAAAUUUAUAAUUAUGAAAGACAUACAUAAUUUUG